UCGAGAGAAUGAUAAAGAUCGGCCAAGAGCAUUUAGCACAUCGUUUCAUUUUUUCGUAUUGUUUUCCUUUUUUUCUUCUUAUUUUCAUAUCAAGGAAGACCAUCAUGUAUCCAUUUAGACAGGUAGAAUAUACAUAUGCUUUUAGGCAAAUAUUAAAGCAUGAAAAAGGGAAUUCCACCAUACAAUAACAAUAGUCCAUAUCAACAACCCAUAUCGCCACAACAACAGCAGUUUCAACAUCCAUACCAUCAGAAUAGCUUACCAAACAUCAAUACGCCAUAUCAAAACCCCCAGCCAUUAUCGUACCAUAGUAAUACACCAUUACAGAGAAGCAAUACUUUUUGUGAGUAUACUGACAAAAGAUCUCGGGUAUUCAUUCUACAUUCACAGCCACACCAAUGGCAAAUAGACGGGAGCAAUAUUUAUGGGACUUAUUUCAAAGAGUGGAUGUUGAUCACUCAGGAUCCAUAUCUGUUCAUGAACUUCAACAGGCUUUAGUGAAUGGGGAUUGGAGUCCCUUUAAUAUCGAGACAGUGCGUAUGAUGGUCAGUAUAUUUGAUACAGACAACAAUGGUACAAUUGAUUUCCGAGAAUUCAGAGGCCUUUGGAAAUACGUGGAAGACUGGAGUCAUUGCUUCAAAAAAUUUGACCAUGAUAAUUCAGGAAGUAUCGAUUGUUAUGAGAUGAGUCAUGCAUUAAGAACAUUUGGUUACAAUGUCAGUGAUAGAUUUGUGAGAACACUAAUACAGACAUUUGACAAAUAUGGGAAUGGAACUGUUACAUUUGAUAAUUUUGUUCAAGCGUGUGUGACCUUGUCAACGCUAACAAAAUCAUUCAGAGCAAGAGAUUAUGAAGGACGAGGCUCUAUCAUCAUUAGUUAUGAAGAUUUCUUGACACUAGUGAUCAGUAGUAGGCCAGAUAUGAAAGGAAGCUAAUAAAAUUACUUGGCAUGUAGGAAAAUAGGCAGUUGAAUGAAAAUGAGGCUUUCUUGAAGCGGAUAAUCUUUGUUACGGCUUAUGUUUUAUGCAUGUAAAUAAAUGAUAUCAUUUGAAC